AGGGUUUUUUUUGUCGCUAUUUCCCUAAGCCCAUCCUCAAUUUAACUAUUUCUUGCAUAAUUAUUUUAGCUCAUCAUCAACAUCAUCUCUCUCUCUCUCUCUCCUGUCUCUCUCUCUCUAUCAUCAUCGUCACUACAACCUUAAAUGACAUAACAUCAUGGCUGCUCAGCUUGGUCUUGUCUCCGUGUCUCAGCUUCAAAAUUUGGUUGAAUCUCAACAGCACUACCUGCCGCAGCCACCACCGCCGUCGGGUGCCGGCGCCACCACCGGGUAUUGGAUGCGGAAUACGAAGAACAUGGCGGCAGCGGCGGCCGAGGAUGAGGAUUCGUGGGAGAUUAGGGCGUUCGCGGAGGACACCGGGAAUAAUGCCACCUGGCCGCCGAGGUCUUACACUUGCACCUUUUGCCGGCGGGAGUUUCGCUCCGCCCAAGCCCUCGGCGGCCACAUGAACGUCCACCGCCGCGACCGCGCCCGCCUCCACCAAGCGCCGCGGCCGAACGUCCCCCAUUUCCCCUCUCCCGCCGCCGUCGCCAACUCCGCCGUCCUCUUCCCGGCUCAAGAAAUCGUCGCGAAUGCCAGCCUCUGCCUCCUCUACUCCCUCCCAAACCCUAAUGCCGCCGCCGCCUUCUCCCCCGCCGCCGUCAAGCCCUGCAACGUGAAUUCCUCGCCGACCCUCCUCUCCAUUUCACCUUUCGCGACGUCCAACAACUUGCCCUCCCUUAAUUUCCCGGCGACAACUCAGUUCAUCGCCGCAUCGUCGCUAAAAGUCCCUGCCGAAUCGUCACAAGCAGCCUCAAAUAGCAACAGCAGCAAUAAUAACAAGAAUUACAGUAAUGGGACAAGGAAGAGGGAAGCCGCCAUUGAAGAACAGCUCGAGGUAGAUCUCGAGCUUCGACUAGGACGAGGAUCAUCUUCAUCUUCUUCAUCAUCACCACCAUGACAGGCAAAUAAUACAAAUAAUAAUCUUCAUGUGUGACGAUUUUAUUUUUUCUUUUUUUUUUUCUUUUUUGCGACAAUAUAUCACUUCUGCUUCUUUUUGGGUUACGUUACAUAGGUUGAUUAAUUCAUUUCAAGUGUGAAUUGGGAUUGAAAUUGUGAGUGUUUUACUUUGUAAAUUGAGAGAAAAGAAGGCUUAAUUACUAAGUUUAGUCAUAAUAAUAAUGAUUAAUGGAAUAACAUCUCACUUUUUAAUUUUAA